UAGAGCUACGACAAUUACAGUAGAUUUCACAACGCUUGGUCUCGUACCGAGACUUGGAAAUUUCUCAGUCCACGACCUGGACACAUUGCCGUCUACAUUCCACUUGUUCUUCACGACCUAUCGCAUUUUUGUCGCUACCAAUCAUUGCACUAAGAUGUGUCAUCGACAGCUAUUAUUCCAACAGUCGGCGGGUUGCGGUCAUCUGACGAAGGUUGGAGAGAUCGCUGUUGACUGCCGCUAUCCCAAGUGCUUCGUCAGCUCAAUACAUCCAUCAUUCUGUGGGAAAAAUGCGCCUUGUUCUUGUCGUCGUUAUUACUCCAAUCCGGUGAGGAAAAUUACCGCAAUAGUCCCGGGGAGAUGUUCUGGUUGCAUGGAGUGCUAUAUCCCACAAUAAUUAACAAGUAGACUUUUCAUUUUCAUUGUAUCUCCUUAACAUGACUUCGAGGGCCAUGGCACUUGCCUGUCUGCAC